AUGGACUCCAUCAACUUCUUCAAGGGCUAUGGCAAAGUAAACAAUCCAGCCGGAAAUCAACAACCAGCUUCCAACAGACGACGUCGUAUCCUCUUAGCUGCUUCCCUCGCCGUUUUCUUGACCAUCGUACUCGGCGCAAUGAUUGGAGCCUUAAUCUACGAGUCAGCCACCGAGCCUCCGGAGUCGGAAGAAGAGCAACUCCCCGCUUCGGACUCGGGCGAGUCACUCAAGACCGUGUGCGCCGUGACUCAGUAUCUCGACUCGUGCAUCAACUCGAUCUCUGCUCUCAACGACCCGCCCAAAUCCGACCCGGUUCACUUCUUCAACCUGUCUCUCCAGGUCAGCCAGAGGGAGCUCGCCAGCCUCGCUUCUCUUCCCAAGACCCUAAUCUCCAAGUCGAACGACCGGCGGGCCGAGUCGGCAUUGAAGGACUGCGUUAAUCUGUUCGACGACUCGCUGAGUCAACUCAACAGGUCGGCCGAGUUGAUGAAGGUGGCGGUGGUGGGCCCGGCGGAGAAGCUGUUGACGGAGAUGAGGAUCAGUGAUAUGCAGACGUGGAUUAGCGCUGCGAUGACGGAUCAGGAUACUUGCCUUGACGGGCUUGAUGAGAUGGGGUCGACGGUGGUUGAUGAGCUCAGAACGCGGGUGCACAAGUCUAGCGAGUACAUGAGCAUCAGCUUAGCAAUUCUCAACAACCUGAAAAGUCUUGUUGAGAAGUUUGGUCUGAAAAUGCCUUAA